AUGUCGAUGUCGAUGUCGAGACAGCCCAGAGCGUGCGCGCGGAAGACCGCGCAGCGCGCGCUUUGGUGGUCACUCUUUGUCAAGCCCCAACUCGGACGGAAGAUAGGAGGCGAGGACGAGCACGAUCGCUGGCCGUGUCGUGGGGUUCGAGACGGCGGGACAGUGAAGGCCGCACAAAAGGGUAUCAGCACCGGCAAGAUCGUCGUGUCGCGAUUCGUUGGCGUCUCUUGUCGCGUUCGGCGAGGUCGAGCGAAGGAUCUUGUAGCGGUUCUAGAUCGAAGGAGGAGCCGCGUCUGGCGCCGAAGCUUGGUCGAGCAAGCGGGUCGUUUUGUCCGGCUGGUGUUGCUCUGUUCCGGUGGCCGGUUCUUUCGUCGUGUCGUUUGCGCCGCGAGAGGGUGUAAGCAUAUGCUCUGA